GCAUAGAAAAAUAAAAGUGUUCAUGAGAUGUGUAUAAUAUGAACUGGCUAAUGAACUUAACAAGAGAGUACAAGAAGUCUAUAUAAAAUUUUUUUUUCCAAAAAAAAUCUUAAAGAAUGCAACAAUAGGUAACUGGAUGCAACAUAACUACUGCAAAGAUAGAUUAGCAUAAAAUGGUUACAAGACUGAGAUGAAAGAAACAUUUCCCACCAAAAAGGUAUAUGGGUCUUGUCACCUCAAAACAAAUUAUCGCUAUUCAGAUAGUGAGAGAUCAAAUUGUUGUUGUGUAAGUUACGCUUUAAAAUCUCCAAGUCAAUCUAAACAGUAACAGAAAAGAUUUCAAAGUUUAUUUUAUAACUACAAAAUAUGAUUCUCGACACAUCAAUUUUGAAAAUAAGAGGAAAAGUAACUGCCUAUAGUAAAAAAAAAAAACCCCUUUGAGAUGGGGUGCCCAAGCAAUCCCAUAACCCUGCAAGUGACCUCCAAGGGCAUGCGACUUGGUGGUUAGAAUUAAGGAUUUGUCAAGGCAUCCAUCCCCCCCUCCUUCAAGGGGACUUACAUCUUGAUCAAUCUUAGACUAAGAUAUCUCUGUGAGAAUAUUAUGGAAUUACGUAUUAUGGAAUUAUGAAAAUAUGUCAAUUAGGUUGAUUUUGUGAAUAUUCGAUUGAUUGUUGAUUGAUUGUAUAGAAUUAUUCCUCUUAUAGAUUAGGGUUUAGGAUUGCUAUAAAUAUUGGUUGUAAUCUUUGUAUUACGUACAAUUGAAUAUACAGAAAAGCUUUCAGAAAUCUUACGUGGUAUCAGAGUUUGGUACGAAACCCUAACAGCAUUACACUUUGGUCGUUGCUUCUGAUUUCUGGUUCUCUCAAUCGAGCUCUCUGUUUGUGAUCGCUCGUUGGGUGGUCACCAACUGAUUCCUGUGGUUGUCCUUUGUCUCUCCCUCAAGCUCCUUGGUCACGAUUGUUGGAUGGUUGCCAGAAUCACGAUUCGUCAUCAUCCAUCGCGACUCGUCAUCAUCCGUGACCUCUAGUUGGGUCAUCAGGUCGCAAGUUGAAUCUAUGGUUCUCUGGUCUCUGCAUUCGACUUCUGGUUCGUCUCUCUUGGUGCGGUGAACGUGGAGUUCGUCUCUCCUUCAGUCUCUCUCUGGUUUCGUCUCUCAAAAUCUGCACUAUUCUCAGCUUCGACCUCCUUCAACUUCGAUCUCCUUCGGUGGUUCUAAGCACUAUUCUCAAAAUAUGCUUGCGUCUUAUACUCAAUAUCUUAUUUUCAGGUUUAUUACAUUUACAACCCCCAGGUUUCUCGUUAUUACCCUUUGCCUCCUGGUUGCCCAUUUUGGGUUUAUUACACUUCAACCUCUCAAACUUCUGGUUAUUAUGAUGCCUCUAGCUUUUGAUGAGUGUGCCUUCUACCAUCAGAGGGGUCAUUGAAAGUAUCAUUGUCCCAAGAAGGAAUGUUUGUCUGCUUUGCCAGUGUUUGCCUUGUCUUCUCAGCAAUUUCCGAUCAAGUUCUACGCUCCUUCUCUAAGUACCAUUCGGCCUCCCACUGGUUCUCCUGCAUCUGCUUCGGUUCCUGAUCCUGACUUGGCUUCCUUGACUGCUCAGAUUAGUCAGCUUCAGCAUACAUUGUCUACCUCUCAGUCAUCCCUGUCUGCCUCCAUUGCUUCCUCUCUUCAUUUAGGUUUGCUAGGGUCUUCUUCAGGUAUUUCUUCGUCUGUCUGGCUUUUUUACUCUGGUAGCUCUCAUCAUUUGACUCCCCAUCUCUCCUUACUUCAAAAUUGUAUUCCCCCUCCCUUUCCUAUUACUGUCAAUGCUGCUAAUAGGUCUGAUAUGUCUGUUAUAUCUAUUGGGUCUGUCCUACCGUCUGCUAUGUCUGUUGUCUCUAUUCCAUCUGUCUAGUUUAUUAUCUAUCAGUCAGCUUAAUGCCUCUAAUUUUGAUGUUAUUUUUUCUUCUUCUAUCUGUUCUGUGCAGGAUCGGAUGUCUAAGCAGCAAAUUGGGACUGGCCGUAGAGUUGGGGACCUCUAUGUGGUAGAGAGCUUGCUUCUGCCUUUGACAACCUCUCCAACUACCUCUACAGAAAAUUAGUGCUUGGGAGUUAGUUCCUUUGCCUGCUGGUAAGAAUCUAGUUGGUUGCAAAUAGGUCUACAAAGUCAAGACUCAUUCUAAUGGUUCUCUUGAGCGCAACAAAGCUCGUUUGGUUGCCAAAGAUUUCUCACAGAAAUAUGGUAUUGAUUAUGAGGAAACUUUUACUCCUGUGGCAAAAAUGACUAUUGUCCAUACUUUAUUCUCUUUCACUGUUGUUCGUUCUUGGCCUCUUUAUCAGAUGAAUGUUAAGAAUGCUUUUCUUAAUGGUCAUCUCACCGAAAAAAUUUACAUGCGUCCUCCCCCUAGUCUUCGCCAUUCCUCUUGACAGGUUUGUCGCCUUCGGCGUGCUCUGUAUGGUCUGAAAUAAUCUCCUUAUGCUUGGUACACUCUCUUUGAAACUGCUGUUACUGAGCUUGGAUUUCAUCCUUGUGCCCAAGACUCUACUUUAUUUCUUCUCCACACCUCUGAUGGAUUUGUUAUGUUAUUACUAUAUGUGGAUGAUAUGAUCAUCACUGGUUCUGACUCUUCUGCUAUAUAUAAGGCCAAGCAGCAUCUUUUUCGCACCUUUGAAAUGAAGGAUCUAGGCCCUUUACGGUAUUUUCUUGGUAUUGAGGUAGCGUCUUCUUCCAAGGGCUACUUUCUCUCUCUGGCUAAGUAUGCCAAUGAGGUUAUUCAUCGUGCCAGUCUUACUGACAUUAAGAUUUCUGAUAUCCACAUUGAGCUUAAUGUCAAGCUCAACACUACUGAUGGUGUUCUUCUGGAUAAUCCUACUUUAUAUCGAGAGCUUGUGGAUUGCUUAGUCUAUCGGACAGUUACACAUCCUGAUCUUGCCUAUGUUGUUCAUGUGGUUAGCCAAUUUGUCUCUGUUCCUCGCUCCCCACAUUGGGCUGCAUUGGUUCGUAUUCUUCACUAUCUCCUGAGUACUAUCUUUCAAGAUUUACUAUCGUCUUCUACUUUGGAAGAGCAAAAAACAGACUGUUAUUGUGCAUUCCACUGCCAAGGCUAAGUACCGUGCUAUAGCUUAUACCACUGCUGAGAUUGUUUGGCUUCACUGUCUCUUAACUGCUUUAGGUGUCCCUCAGUCUUCUCCGACCUCCCUUUACUAUGACAAUCGCAGUGCUAUUCAGAUUGCACAUAACACUGUCUUUCAUGAGCGGACGAAGCACAUUGACAUUGAUUGUCAUUUUGUCCGUCAACAUUUGCAAUCUGGUUUCCUCUCGCUUCCUUUCGUCUCUUCGACAUUGCAACUUGCUGAUUUCUUUACGAAGACUCACACCACUGCUCGAUUUCAAUUUCUUCUUGACAAACUUUCAGUGCUUUCUACUAAAACACCUUGAGUUUGAACAGAGGUGUGAGAAUAUUAUGAAAUUAUGGAAAUAUGUCAAUUAGGUUGAUUUUGUGAAUAUUCGAUUGAUUGUCGAUUGAUUGUAUAGAAUUAUUUCCUCUUAUAGAUUAGGGUUUAGGAUUGCUAUAAAUAUUAGUUGUAAUCUUUGUAUUAAGUACAAUUGAAUAAACCGAAAAACUUUCAGGAAUCUUACAAUCACCACUAGAAGACAUUCUUCAUGCCAUCAUAAGAUACGUGGUAUGCUUCAUAUCUAAGGAGCAUGCCUCCAUUGACAUUCACUCUCCCUCCUAGAUCACCUGAUCUCUCACCCCGUUCACCUCGGGUAGUCUCUCACCAUUUCAGUGACUACCACAGUUCGUAUAGUGCUCUACAAUUUGGAAAACAUUCACAAUCAGAGGAUAACGCCAAUUGAAACUGUUGUUGAUGUAAAGAAGGAAGUUAUAUGAAAGCUCUGAAGAUAUCUAUACUAUCUAUUAAGUGAAGCCCAACUUUAGUCUCUUGAAGCUUUUGACACAUGAAAAUUAGAUAAUAAACUGAAUAAAUAAAUAAAAUCCUACACCUACACAUUCAGCAAUUCCCUCACUUAAUUGCCCAAUUACAUUAAAAAAAA